GACUUCAUCUUUAUUGCUCCUCCAACACUCCCUCUACCAUCACCACCAAUUCUCACCCACCAUGGCGGAUAUCAAGAUCGACAAGAACCUCUUCCAUGAACGUCUGUCGCACUUCAUAUCAGCAUGGAAGGCUGACAAGAGAGCUGGGGACGCGCUCUUCCAUGGCGCCACCUCGAUCUUGGUGUUGAUGGGCAAAACUGAGGAUGCCGCGCAAUUCCAGAAGAACAAUGCCAUCCACUUCUGGCUGCUUGGCUACGAGUUCCCGGCGACCCUCUUCCUGUUCACCCUUGAUGGAUUGUACGUUGUCACAACUGCGAAGAAAGCAAAACAUUUGGAGCCUUUGACAGGCGGGAAGACCCCUCUACACAUUUUGGUCAGGGGCAAAGAUGCGGAGCACAACGAGAAGUUGUUCGCUGAUAUCAACAAUCACAUCAAGGCAGCAGGCAAGAAAGUCGGAAUCCUACCUAAAGAUACCUCCGUUGGACCUUUUAUCGACGAGUGGAAGAAGGCAUUUGGCAAUAUUUCGAAAGAUGUGGAAGAAGUGGAUAUUUCCGCAGCUCUGUCCUCCGGCGCAUUGGCUGUGAAGGACGAAAAUGAGUUGCGUGCUAUGCGAAACGCUUCGAAAGCUUGCAUCGCCCUGAUGAACCCAUACUUUGUGGAGGAGAUGUCCAACGUAUUGGACGAGGAGAAAAAAGUCAAGCACAGCGCUCUGGCGAACAAGGUGGACAGCCAGCUGGACAACACUAGAUUUUGGCAAACAGUCGAACUUCCCAGCAAGCAAAAGAUGCCUUCCGAUUUCGACCCAUCACAAUUGGACUGGACACAUGGCCCAAUCAUUCAAAGUGGUGGAAAAUUUGACCUGAAGAUGAAUGCCCAAGUUGACGAUGAGCUUCUGCAUCCCGGAGUAAUUAUUGCUUCGAUGGGUCUGCGAUACAAGUCUUACUGCUCGUUGAUUGCUCGCACAUACCUGGUCGAUCCGAACAAGUCGCAAGAGAGCAAUUACAAACUUUUACUUCAAGUCCACGGACUUGUUAUGAAGGAGGUACGGGACGGUGCAAACACCAAGGAGAUUUACGCCAAGGCCGUUGCACUCGUCAGAAGCAAAAAGCCCGAACUUGAGAAGCACUUCCUGAAGAAUGUCGGAGCUGGUAUCGGUAUCGAGACUCGCGAUGGGACUUUAGUUCUCAAUGGCAAGAACACCCGUUCUUUGAAGGACGGAAUGACCCUGUGCGUCACGACUGGAUUCAGCGAUAUCGAGAAUCCGAAUCCACAGGACAAGAAGAGCAAGACCUACUCGAUGGUUCUGUCGGACACAGUUCGAGUAUCAGCAAAUUCAGACCCUGUUGUCUUCACUGGAGAUGCGCCAUCGGAUCUUGAUGCUACUUCGUUCUUUUUCAAGGACGAUGAGGAGCCUGCACCAACUCCUAAGAAAUCGAAAAAGGACUCGGCAGUUGGAGCUGUUGCUGCGAAGAAUAUCACCAAAACGAAAUUACGUGCAGAGCGAACAACGCAGGUAGACGAAGGCGCAGAGGCAAGACGUCGAGAGCAUCAGAAGGAGCUCUCAAGGAAGAAGCAAGAGGAAGGUCUCGAGAGAUUUGCCGAGGCUACCGGAGACUCAAAUGCGACGGCUGUCAAGAAGUUCAAGCGCUUUGAAUCGUACAAGCGAGACAACCAAUUCCCUCCUCGAGUCCGAGAUCUGGCCAUCCUGGUUGAUCCAAAGAACUCGACUGUCGUCCUCCCAAUCAUGGGCCGUCCAGUUCCUUUCCACAUUCAAACGAUCAAGAAUGCCAGCAAGAGCGACGAAGGCGACUUCUCAUAUCUCCGAAUCAACUUCUUGUCGCCCGGGCAAGGUGUUGGCAGAAAGGACGAUCAGCCAUUCGAGGACGCUUCGGCUCACUUCGUGCGCAGUUUGACCUUCAGAUCUCACGAUGGAGACCGUCUCCAAGAUAUUGCCAAUCAAAUCGGAAACAUGAAGAAGGAUGCAGUCAAGCGAGAACAGGAGAAGAAGGAAAUGGAGGAUGUCGUUGAGCAAGAUAAGCUCAUCGAAAUCCGAAAUCGCCGACCUCCAGUUAUGGACAACGUAUUCCUUCGUCCUGCUAUGGAUGGCAAGCGUGUUCCCGGCAAGGUUGAGAUCCAUCAAAAUGGUCUCCGAUAUCAAUCACCUCUCAACACACAACACCGUGUGGAUAUUCUAUUCAGCAACGUCAAGCAUCUCUUCUUCCAACCUUGUCAGCACGAACUAAUUGUCAUCAUUCACGUACAUCUUAAGGAUCCAAUUUUGAUUGGAAAGAAGAAGACGAAGGAUGUUCAGUUCUACCGCGAAGCAACCGAUAUCCAGUUCGACGAGACGGGAAACCGCAAGCGCAGGAGAUAUGGUGAUGAGGAAGAGUUCGAGCAAGAACAAGAGGAACGCAGACGCAGAACCCAGCUUGACCGAGACUUCAAGUCGUUUGCCGAAAAAAUUGCUGAAGCCGGAAAGAACGAGAAUGUCGAUGUUGAUGUUCCCUUCCGCGAACUCGGCUUUAACGGUGUCCCGAACCGUUCAAGUGUCUUCUGUCAACCAUCCACGGAUUGUUUGGUCCAACUUACUGAACCACCAUUCAUGGUGGUCACUCUUGAGGAUAUUGAAAUUGCCCACCUUGAACGUGUGCAAUUCGGUCUCAAGAACUUCGAUAUGGUCUUUGUCUUCAAGGACUUCCACCGUGCUCCAUCCCACAUCAAUACUAUUCCCGUCGAGUCCCUAGAGAACGUCAAGGAAUGGCUGGACUCCGUCAACAUCCCCUUCUCCGAAGGUCCUCUGAACUUGAACUGGCCAACUAUCAUGAAGACGGUCACGGCCGAUACUCAUCAAUUUUUCGUCGAUGGUGGCUGGUCCUUCCUUCAGACUGAGACUGAUGAUGAGGAUGAGGAUCCAGAGAGUGAAGAGAGUGCCUUUGAGAUGAGCGACAGCGAACUGGCUGCAUCCGAUGAGUCCAGUGACGAGGACAGCGACUUCGAUAGCAAUGCCAGCGCAGAGGCAAGUGAUGAAAGAAGCGAGGAUGAUGCGACUGAUGGUGAGGAUUGGGAUGAGCUUGAGAAGAAGGCCAAGCGCAAGGAUAGAGAGAGUGGAUUGGGCGAGUCGGACGACGAUAAGCCCAAGAAGAAGAGAAAGCAUUGA